UUUCCCCAAGUUAGAUUAAUUAAACACUUUUAUCUUACAAAUCUUAUUAUUCAACUUAUCCCUUACAAUGGCUGCCUCAACCAUGGCUCUUUCUUCACCUUCAUUAGCUGGAACUGCGGUGAAAAUCUCAACCGAGGUGGUUGGCACUGGACGUGUCACAAUGAGGAAAACUGUGACCAAGAAAUCAACUCCCUCUAGCAGCCCAUGGUAUGGUCCAGACCGUGUCAAGUACUUGGGACCAUUUUCAGGUGAGGCCCCAAGCUACCUAACUGGAGAAUUUCCCGGUGAUUAUGGAUGGGAUACUGCUGGACUCUCAGCUGACCCAGAAACAUUUUCCAAGAACCGUGAGCUAGAGGUCAUCCACUCCAGAUGGGCCAUGUUGGGUGCACUCGGUUGUGUUUUCCCUGAACUUUUGGCUCGCAACGGUGUUAAAUUCGGUGAAGCCGUUUGGUUCAAGGCUGGAUCUCAAAUCUUUAGUGAAGGUGGAUUGGACUAUCUUGGCAAUCCAAGUUUGGUUCAUGCCCAGAGCAUCUUGGCCAUUUGGGCCACCCAAGUCGUCUUGAUGGGAGCCGUUGAAGGCUAUCGCAUUGCUGGAGGACCACUUGGUGAGGUCGGUGAUCCGAUAUACCCAGGUGGGAGUUUCGACCCAUUAGGUUUGGCUGAAGAUCCAGAGGCCUUUGCGGAACUCAAAGUGAAGGAACUAAAGAAUGGGAGGUUGGCUAUGUUUUCAAUGUUUGGAUUCUUUGUUCAAGCCAUAGUUACUGGAAAAGGCCCAUUAGAAAACCUUGCAGAUCACCUUGCUGACCCUGUUAACAACAAUGCUUGGUCGUAUGCCACAAACUUUGCCCCGGGAAAGUGAGAUUUGUUCGUAUUUAACUUGUUGGUGGAUGUAAAAUUAUUGUGAAUUACUAUUUUUAUCUUGGUAUAUAAAAAUGAGAUUGUUGUUUACCUUCUA